GCUGCCCAUGACCAGCCCCGCACCAGACCACAAGGCCGACGCCCGGGUCAUUCCAAACGUUUGACGCCUAACUUGUCUCGGGUACAUUGCUUACUGUGCGCGCAGCGAGCAUCGCGACGGCCGCCGACGCCCAUCCGGACGGACACAUCUCGUCGGUAUCCCGAUCAGCCAAACGAAAGAAGCAGCCCACGAGCAACGACACCCCUUGUGCAUCUCUCCAACCUUUUUCGGCCGCCACCCGUCGAAUAUCACGCAGCUCCCCGACUGCGUACCCUCAAACAAGGUUCACCGGUGAACAACGGCCGGAGCCGACCCUGCAACCAUGGGCCUCGCCUACAACACCUACCUCAACAGCAACCGCGUCUACGGCUGCAAGGGCUGCAAAACCCACCUAGCCAACCAUGACGACAUCAUCAGCAGGAACUUCCGCGGCCAGCACGGCAAGGCGUACCUCUUCAACAGCGUGGUCAACGUCGAGGCCGGCGAGCCGUCGGAGCGCAACAUGACGACGGGCCGGCACGUGGUGCGCGACAUCACCUGCCGGACCUGCAACGAGGUGGUGGGGUGGAAGUACGACAAGGCGUACGAGUCGAGCGAGAAGUACAAGGAGGGCAAGUUCAUCCUCGAGGCCGAGCUCCUCUGCACCGUCAGCUAGUUCCGUUCACGUUGGGGAGAAAGGGAGUGGGCGAAAAGGGCCCGGGGGGGGGGGGGU